AUGAAUACAAAUUAAGAGAUGCAUUUGAAUUUAAUAAACUCAGGUCUUUCUAAAGAAAAGAAAUCUUCUCAAUAGAUUAAAAUGCAAGAUAAAAUGACUUUUUUUAAAAGAUAAAGAUGUCCUUUGACAGGAUUUCCAAGAUAAUCAUAAGGGUGGUGA